AUGGGUGGGAAGUUACGAAGACCUGAGUGUACGUGUGGCGCAAACGAAAAAGGUCUCGCGUGCAAGCAUAUCUAUUGGGUCGGAGACCAGAUCAUCUCAACUUCUCCAGACGAUAUGGUCAAGACGCCUCUUCACCUUUCUCCCGAUGGCUCGAAGAUCGAAGACGUCAAGCCUGCGGAACUACUGGACACCAAAGGCUUAGCCAAUAUCGCCAACGACCUGAAGUGGGUUUAUCGGGAUGACAAUCUGCCUGAAGACGACGACUUGAAGUUGACAGUCAUUGACAUGUUUUCGUGCUACGAGCCACAAGAUGCACUUCCUGGAGAGUUUCGAUAUCCCGAGUCGCCUCUUACUUCCGAACGGUCCAAGAAGUACCAGGAGUUGACAGAGCUCUUUACGCAGUACGCAAACUGGUAUCCCAGCCUAUAUCUCCAAAUGCGCAAGAUCAUCGACCCGGACUUCGAAAGCCGCGUCUUCUUCGAAAAGAUCGACAAGCGCAUUACUUCCACUUUCGACGCUUUGGAUGAGUACAUAGCCAAGGGACCAUACAACCUCUCCCAAGGCCCCCCUCGGUUCGACGUCUCCAGCUGUGCACAGAAGUUGACAUCACUAGUCAAAGCCAUUGAUGACUUCUAUGAACGCCAUGCUCACGUCGAGGACGUGGCCGUCCGAGCAGCGGCGGCACUUGUUACGAUUCUCGACCGUGUUACGGACCGCGAUAAGAAUGCAUAUGAAGGCGUCAAGUGGAGUGUCAUGGAGGCCCUAUCAGACCCUGUUCAAAGCAACCUAUACGUUGCGCUGAUUGGAGCAGCAUCAGAUGACGACCCGCCAUUUGUUCUCGAUGCACUCGGGUCAUUGCCCCAGGAAGACGUAUACCGUAAUCAUUGGGCAAUGCUACAAGACAUCGAACGCAAGCUAGCAGAUUCUCAUGCGCCGACUCAUUACAUGGCUCUCUUCCGCAAUGUCGUCUACGAGAAUCGCAAGAGGUCGGGUUCGGAGGUACACGAACGAGAAUCGAAGCGAGCAAUGCAGUAA